UAGGCCCUCUCUGUGUCACCCUUCCCUUUAGUCCUUCUCAGUGCCAAGGUCACGGGACGCAGAUUACGUACCACCAAUUACAACGGCAUCGACGGCAAUGACGCUGAUGAUGAUCGUUGACUUCAACGUCAACGUGCUAGUAAUGGUGGCAGAGUUGCCGCUCGUCGUAUCUGCCCCCUACGAAUGCCCGUCACCGACACAUCGCCGCAGGGAACUAUCCAACAGCACGGCCAUUGCCGAGCAAACCUUGAAGAGCAAACGGUAAUUUGCUACCAGAAGGCCGAUGAACAGCUUCAGCAGCAGCCACCGCUCACACAAUUAAUACUGCUAGUCCGCGGCUGUUGUUGUUAUGCGAAGUCAAAGUUAAGCUGCGGUGCCAUACCUGCUCCGUAGGCUCUCCUGCUAUUGCCGUGGAACUGCUCGUAGAAGUGUAACGAACGAGCAGCAGCACAAGCGGACAUCAUCGCCAAUACCAAGAAGGGUCUGGCGGAGACGCAAGCAUCAGAAGCGGCCGUUUGAGGCAGAAGUAAACGUCGCAGUGCUUCUACGGCAAAGCGGUUCGCGAACGAACCAGAAGUCCAAACACAGUAGGCUAGUCCACAAACAACAGCCGUAUUAACAUGUAAAACUAGCGGAUGGUCGUUCUAGCCAAUCGACAAGGACCUGCUUCAAGCGCUAAAGACGCCGAGGGCGGGCUUUGGCUAACACACAAUAGUGGAUUAUUAGACUAUGAAGUAGAGCGACAGUCCGCUGUGGAGAAGUAAACGACAAUUGUAUUCUUGCAUGGUGAACACGAACUAAAACGCGUCGAAGUCAAGUGCAGACCGACUAUGUGGUGUGAGUGGUGUUUACGUGAAUACUCGGAUGUGUCUCGUAAACACUGAAAUCUGUUAGGAUUUAAUAAAAAAAAGGCGAAGCCGGCAACGGGUGCUGAUGUGAGCUUGGGCCCUGUUAUCGUUGCUGGUGAUGAUGGUGGUAAUGGUGACCCUAAAAUGGGUACUGUGUCUCCGCAGAAUGUCGAACUGUUCGGAGAGUGCGGAAAGUGAAGUACAAUAAUACUUGCCACUCAGAGGAUUUGAUCCGGAGCUCACAAGUAAUAGGAAGCAGUACAACAGUGAUGAAUGGGUCUGUCAGAAAGCAUUGGUGAACCUGUCGUUAGCUUGUGACUGUAUUAAGAAAUAAUCCUGCAAGCCAGAACGAUAUAACAUCAGAAUGGGAUAUUUUUCUUGGAAAGCUUGAACUGUCAAAAUGGUGAUCGAUGUCUCUCGAUGAAUAGCUACUAUUGGAUUAUAUAGGUACAUGGUACAGUUAUAAUAUAGCUUGACGAGACAGUUGUACACCUAAUUAACCGGUGUUUUUUUACGACAGAUAUAACGUGUGGCUCAAUCGAAGUUUUUUUUUCGAAGCACGGCAUUUUACUUGAAAAUACUGGACUUCAGACGAAAUCCAACCGGGUACAGAAAUCGUGUUCCGAGUACACAAAAAAAACCGAAAACAGCUUCGUAUGUGUCUGUGUUGGCGUGCAAUUGGAAUUUGAAGUUGCAGUGUAUUACAAUAAAUCGUUUAAUCGUGGACACACAGUUUAGAAUUACCAUAGCCUUUCGACAGGUCGAGAAGACGACACACCUAUUACAGAAGGUCAGCGAGCCUCAACGAAGGAAAAAUCAAUUGAGCGGCGACGUUCGUUGAGGCCGUCAUGCAUGGCUGGAGCCAGUGGAGCCUUACCGCCGUCCUGGAGUAACCGGGCACGCUGGUUUGAAGGGCAGAGGUAAUAACGACUACCAGCCUUGCCUCUGCAUUUAUCGCCAGCACAGGCUGCCUUCGACGCCUGGUACGCUCAACACUGAAGAAGGAUGUGCCAGGACCAACCGAGCUCAGCAACCCCGCGAUCGCCGCGUUCGGUGACGCAGAGUGCAGUGUCUUUGUCUUGACGGCAGGCCACAAUGAAUGGGCAGGCCAAUGGUGAGCCACCGGCGACCAACACGACUGAUUUGGCGAUAAUCACAAAGGACACAAAACUUGGAGGUCCUGGAACUGGAGGAGCAAUAGGAAUUAGCAAUGGAAAGGAGUCCUCUAAGGAGUCAGCACAUCUGUCGGCGUUCGGCAUCUCUUUGCCGAAAUUCCGUAUGCAUAAUGGUCGACGAGCGACCAUCGCGUCUCUGGGUGAACAAGAUGAAAUGUGCGGCAUCCUUGGUUUUCGCCUGCGGUGGCUGCAGCGGUUUAAAACCGUCGAGUGGUUUUUGUUUGUCUUCUGUAGCAUGGGCUAUAUACAGGGCUUCAUCAACAACGGCAUCACGACGUCGGUAUCGGCGCAUAUCGAACGGCGAUUCGAACUCAAAUCGGUGGAUAUUGGUCUCGUCUAUGCGGGUUACAAUAUUGCCUCGUUCGCCUGCAUCACUCCAGUGAGUUAUCUACUAGCAGAGAGUCACCGACCCCGUGUGCUCGCCCUUGGCGGACUAAUAAAUACUGUCUCAUACUUUCUAUUUACGCUUCCACAUUGGAUUGCCCCUGCUCAUGAACACAAUGGGGGCAGCCAUUCGUCAUUGAUGUGUGGAUUUGAGUCUUCAGCGUGCCGGCAAAGCGAAACCAAUUUAGAGAAUUACAAAUGGAUAUUUAUUAUUGCGAACAUCCUGCACGGGAUGGGCUCAUCGCCAUUUUAUACCAUCGGCGUAGCGUACCUGGACGAUAACACGCCUGCCGAACGUUCGGGACUGUAUAUUGCUACGUUUUACGCAACAGCGAUUUUAGGUCCUGCGUGCGGUGUUAUGCUAGGCGGGUAUUUCUCCUCACUUCCGGAAAAUCUUCAUGAUAUUAGCAGUUUCUCGUCGGGGGCAUUGGCCCGCAGCGAAACAUGGGUUGGCAACUGGUGGAUUGGAUACCUGAUUGCCGGUAUUAUUUGCAUAGGUCUCACGCUCCCAAUGGCAUUAUUCCCGAAAAUCAUGGACCCGUUGAAAACGGCAACCAUUCAUGGUUCCCCUUCAAGUAAGAAGUCUGAUACCUCGAACGAGAAAUUGGACAAAACGUUUCUUCAGUACAUGAAAUUCCUAUUAACAAAUCCGAUAUUUAUCACGUUAUCGCUAGCGGCCGCCAGCGAGACGUUCGUGGCGACUGGCUAUUUGAGCUUUGGCGUAAAAUUGUUUAUGACACUAUUCAGUAUGACGGGCCACAGUGCCGCGGCAGUCCUCGGCGUUGUAGCCGUACCAAGCGCGUUCGGCGGUACCAUCCUAGGAGGAUACCUGACGCGAAAAAUGAAUGCACGACCAGCCGUCGUCAUACGCAUAUGUACGCUAAUCGCGUGUAUACCGUUCAUUGCGACAUUUGCUUUCCGAGACUCGUGUCCACCUCGCGAGUAUAUGACGCGUCGAGGUCUUCGACCUUUAUAUGCCAACUUCACGAAUACCGACUUACUGAUGGAUUGCAAUUCGAUGUGUCGUUGCACUCACAAUACGUUCGAGCCAACUUGUGGCGCCGACGGCGUCAACUAUUACUCUCCAUGUCACGCGGGCUGCAGCGACAGCCGGAUGGAAACUGUCGGCCAUGUCAUUUACUCGAACUGUUCGUGCAUACUCAAUCGUACAAGCAAGCUCGACGAUAUUGAAUUGGAAGCUGGUCAAGGCCUCACACGGCCGUGCGAGCCGAAGCCCUGCUCUGUUUUGUAUAUAUUCUGUGUGGCAAUGUUCAUAUAUUUAUUUUUUAUAUUCCUCGUAGCCACCCCGUCGCUUUUGUCCAUGAUGAAAUCGGUGCCUGAGGACUCGAAAACACUAGCCCUCGGUAUUAACUACGUGUCACUUCGACUCUUCGGCACUAUACCCGGCCCGUUACUGUUCGGUAAGGUCGUCGAUUCUAGUUGUGUCCUAUUCAAACAGAAGCCAUGUGGUGGCUCAGGAGCGACAGGCAAUUGCGUGAUCUACGAAAACUCACGUCUUGCCAUAAACGUGUUCAAUUUGAUGAUUAUCGUGAAGACAUUCGCGCUGGCUUUUUUCAUGCUAGCGUGCCUCUUCUCGAAGACUUCGUCACAAACAGCGCCGUCCACUGACCAAAUCACGCCGCUGAAGAUACCGACAAACGAAGAGAAAACAUAAACAAAUCGACAAAGAGCAAACAAUGACCGGCACUGCUCGACGACUACGUGUGAACGUCACGUAUUAUCUCUAAAAAAAAACAGGAUAGACUGACGAACAGUUAGUACAGACUUCCAUAAACAUGAUGGCUUGGCGGUGGUAAAUUUGAAGCCCUCUCUCUCUAUGCCCAAAUUCACUUUUGACCGAAACACCAGUCGUUUGUAUCUAUAAGUACUAAAUAAAUAAAGACAAAUAAGUAACGAAGCGAACACAACCCGUUACUGUGAGAGCCUUUUUGCGAGUGUGAUAUGUUAACAGGCAAAGGUGGCGUGAUAUUACUUGGAAAAUAAGUUACGACAUGAUAGAGCCGGUAAUAAAAGAUGAAGCACAAAAGACAAGAAACGAACGAAAGAGGCGGAACGAAGAGAAAGCGUGACCGUAAGCCCUGC